CACUCGCUCUCUUCAUCCUUCCUUUCUCCUACUCAAGCACUCGUUUUCUGCAGCAUGGCCGACGACAGCGUUCCCCUCCCCUUCCCCAAUCUCAAGGUUCCUCAGUGGCACUACCAGAUUGUCAACGUUGACCGUCUCCGCGACGAGGCCACGACCGCCUUCUGGGCCGCCGUCGAGGCUGAUGAAAUGGCUCCUUACAUUCGCUCCACUGGCCUCAAGCCUCCAAACGCUCAGCUCCUGGCGACGCUGGAGAAGAAGAAUGCGGAAGAGCUCGAGUCCAUCGACACCAAGCUGAAGGACGCUGAGGAGAACCUCGGCGAGAGCGAGGUCUCUGAGCUGCUGAGGCAGAAGGCCAUGUACCUCUGCCGCAUCGGCCACAAGGAGCUGGCCAUCCCCGCGCUUGAGACUGCUCUCGAGAAGACAACCGGCCUCGGAGCUCGCAUCGACCUCGUCCUUGCCAUUGUUCGCAUGGGUCUCUUCUCGUCUGAUGCCCAGCUUGUCAUCAGCAACAUUGCCCGCGCUGCCGACCUGAUCGACUCUGGCGGAGAUUGGGACCGCAGGAACCGACUCAAGGUGUACCGGGCACUGCACCUCCUCUCCAUUCGCGAUUUCAAGCAGGCGUCUGACCUUCUCAACGACUCGUUGUCAACGUUCACUGCGACAGAGCUUAUGGAGUAUGAGGAGUUCGUUGCCCUCGCGGUCCUUGCAUCUGCCCUGGGCUGUGACCGCAAAAGUUUGAAGGCCAAGAUUCUGUCGAGCUCCGAGGUUAACGGGUGCAUCUCGACCAUCCCCAGCCUUGCUGCUUUGACCGACUCGCUGUACAAGAGCAGCUACGCCGCGUUCUUCGUCGCCCUCGCCGAGGUCGAGCAGCAGUACCUGAUUCCCAACCCCAUCCUGGCUCCUCACGCCCGCUACUAUGUGCGCGAGAUGCGUAUCAAGGCGUACCAGCAGCUUUUGGAGAGCUACCGGAGCUUGACGCUUGAGAGGAUGAGCCGCUCAUUUGGAGUCAGCGAGGCCUUCAUGGACCGUGAUCUGUCGCGCUUCAUUGCAAACGGCCGCUUGUCAUGCACCAUUGACAAGGUCAGCGGUGUGAUUACCACUGACAAGCUCUCGUCGCACACCAAGACCGCCAUUUACGAGCAGUUCCUGAAGCAGGGCGACUUGCUCCUCAGUGGUGGGUGGUCAACUUUGCCUAUACACCCUAGCAACCUCUCGCUGGUGAACACUCUUCCUGUGGGGCAGAGUUUCCUCUGGCAUCGUCACCAGCUCGCCGAUGCGACAGAGGAGUUCUCGCGGACAGUCGACAACCCGCCCCGAGUGGUGUGCCUUCGACAAUCACCGACGUCGAUUUACUUCACAGCAAUUCACCCCACCAAUGAAGCUACUGCAAGCGACCGAGAGUCUGGUCUGACGAGGGAUUGGCUCUCCGAUUACUUCCAGCUUUCCGCCUACCCCGACCUCCCAGAGCUCUUCAACGACUGGCGAAAACGUGAUCCGUCCUUCUUUGGCAAGGCCGAGCUGGGUGCUCGAGCUGUUGGGGUUCGAGUAUUGAGGCAGGAUCCCUGGGAGUGUUUGCUGGCGUUUAUCACGUCAACCAACAACCACAUACCGCGCAUCACCUCUCUGCUGCACAAGUUUUCAGUCCGCUUCUCGCCUGCUUUGCUUACCUUGGAGAAUCCUGAUGGAAGUGGAAACGAAACAACCUAUCGCCUAUUCCCCAAGCCGGAGAGUCUUCCUCUCGACGGACUCGAGCCGCAGCUGCGCGAGCUCGGCUUCGGCUACCGCGCACCGUUCAUCGUCUCGUCUCUCUCGACGCUGCGUGCCGCAAAUGAAGAUGUGGCUGACGAGCUCGAGCGAUGGAGGAAGCUUCCAGAGGAGGAUGCACGAGCUGAGCUGCUUCGCCUCAAGGGAGUGGGCCGCAAGGUUGCCGACUGCGUCAUGUUGAUGUGUAUGGAUCAUCCGUCGUUGAUCCCUGUCGACACACACAUUUACGGAAUCGCUGCACGUCACCCAUUGUUCCCUCCACGACUCCGAAAGAAAACCAUGUCCGCCUCGCUAUACCAAGAUAUCCAGACCUUCCUGUCCGAGAAGUGGGGGCCGUUGGGAGGAUGGUGCCAAGCCGUUGUUUUUGCAGCAGACCUUCGCGAGCCUACCGUGCAGCGACCGCCUCCUUCAGAAAAGUCGCCCACACCCGCUAACAAGAAGCUCAAGCGUGAGCGAUCAGCGACUUCGGACAGCCUGCAAGUGAAGCUCGAAGAGGUGGAAUUGAAGAGAACCCGGACACGUCGGAGUAACAAAGGGGUGACAGAAUCGGCGAUGGCGAAAUAG